AUGAGAGAUUCUUUCAUUUCUGGUUCAAGUGAUACAACUAUCAUUAUUUGGUCUCCUACUACUAAAUAAAACCAUUUAAAAUUAUUUUGGAAUCCCUUAAUCAAAUUAUUUGGUCAUUAAUCAAUAAUUUUUUGUUUAGUUCUUCACCAUGAAAAAAUCUUUUCAUUAGUGAUGGUUCUGAUAAUAAAAUCAAAUUUUGGCCCUCUUCAAUCUAACAAUAAUGGUUUUUCUAACAGACAGUGGAAGAACACUUGGAUUUACUAUAUGGAUUAUAUCUAAAUGAUAGUGGAAAUCAACUCAUAUCUUGUGGUAAUUAUAAAUUAAUAUUAGUAAUUCAAAAUUCUAAUAAUAAAGAAUGGUAUGUCAAAUAAAAGAUCUAAAUUUAAAAUAUUGGAUUUCGUAUAUCUUUUAUUACUAAUAAAUUAUUUGCUUUUCAUCCAGCAUCAAAAGCUUAUUUGUAUUUCUAUGAGUUAACUCUUUUGGAGAAUUUGUAAAUGCUGAAGUUCUAUAAGUCAAAGGAGUGGAUUAAUGUUGUGAUUUUUUCUUUCCUUCUGUAUAUAUUCCUUUAAAAGGUUUUAUGCUAUUAAAAAUGGCUAAAAUAUCAAUAUAAUAUCAUUCUCCUUUCUCUCUUAAAAUAGGGGUUGUCAAUUAAUAUAGGCUAUUGAAUUUGAAACUUAGAAAUUUUUAUAGGGAAGAAUCUAUGGGACUAUUAGUGUAGACGGUCAAUUUAUUGUAAUUUGGGAUAUUUAAUCCAAGUAGAUUUAGAUCAGAUAACAAAGAAUGA